CGCCCUCCCCAGCUGUCCUCUCAAGAUGGCUGCCGAGCCUCGCUCCCCCCGGCGCGCUCCCUGAAGGUCCCGGCAGCAGGCGGGCGGCGCGAGUCUUGCGUUCCGGGACCAGCGCUGCCUAGAGGCCGGGAGCGGCCGGCCGCCGACCCCGCGCGCACCGUCUCUCGGGGCGGGGCGCCGGGCCCCUUCCGGGGAUGGGCCCAGGCGCCCGAGUCGACCCAACUCUGCCCCGGCUCCUCCCCGCUCGGGCGGGCGCUCCGCCGUGUCCCCGCCCGUCAGUCCGCCCGGGCCGGCUGGCCGCAGACGGGGCCUGGGCGGCCGCACGGGGAGCUCUGAGCCCGCGGGCGUCGGGAGGCGUCGGCGCUACCGCUGGCCCGCGGCGGGUCCCGGGUUGCGACCCGGCGGGGGCGAAAAGGCGGCGGCACCAUGUUCUCCCUCAAGCCGCCUAGACCCACCUUCAGGUCCUACCUCCUGCCGCCGCCCCAGACUGACGAUAAGAUUAAUUCGGAACCGAAGAUUAAAAAACUGGAACCAGUCCUUUUGCCAGGAGAAAUUGUCGUAAAUGAAGUCAACUUUGUGAGAAAAUGUAUUGCAACAGACACAAGUCAGUACGAUCUGUGGGGAAAGCUGAUCUGCAGUAACUUCAAAAUUUCCUUUAUUACGGAUGACCCAAUGCCAUUACAGAAAUUCCAUUACAGAAAUCUUCUUCUUGGUGAGCAUGAUGUCCCUUUAACAUGUAUUGAGCAAAUUGUCACAGUAAAUGACCACAAGAGGAAGCAGAAAGUCCUAGGUCCCAACCAGAAACUGAAAUUUAAUCCAACAGAGUUAAUUAUUUACUGUAAAGAUUUCAGAAUUGUCAGAUUUCGCUUUGAUGAAUCGGGUCCUGAAAGUGCCAAAAAGGUAUGCCUUGCAAUAGCUCAUUAUUCCCAGCCAACAGACCUCCAGCUACUCUUUGCAUUUGAAUAUGUUGGGAAAAAAUACCACAAUUCAGCCAAUAAUAUUAAUGGAAUACCCUCAGGAGGCGGCAGCGGGGCCGGUGGUGGCAGCAGCCAAAAGACUCCACUCUUCGAGACGUACUCAGACUGGGACCGAGAAAUCAAGAGGACGGGGGCUUCCGCAUGGAGAGUUUGUUCUAUUAAUGAGGGUUACAUGAUAUCCACUUGCCUUCCAGAAUACUUUGUAGUGCCAAGUUCUUUAGCCGACCAAGAUCUAAAGAUCUUUUCCCAUUCUUUUGUUGGAAGAAGGAUGCCCUUCUGGUGCUGGAGCCACUCAAAUGGCAGUGCCCUCGUGCGAAUGGCCCUCAUAAAAGAUGUGCUGCAGCAGAGGAAAAUCGACCAGAGGAUUUGUAAUGCAAUAACUAAAAGUCAUCCACAGAGAAGUGAUGUUUACAAAUCAGACUUGGAUAAGACCUUGCCCAAUAUCCAAGAAAUACAGGCGGCUUUUGUAAAACUUAAACACCUAUGCGUUGAUGAGCCUUUUGAAGAAACUGAAGAGAAAUGGUUGUCUUCACUGGAAAAUACUCGGUGGUUAGAAUAUGUAAGGGCAUUCCUUAAACAUGCAGCAGAACUCGUGUAUGUGCUAGAAAGCAAGCGUCUCUCUGUAGUCCUGCAAGAGGAGGAGGGAAGAGACUUGAGCUGUAUGGUAGCUUCUCUUGUUCAGGUGAUGCUGGAUCCCCAUUUUAGGACAAUUACUGGAUUUCAGAGUCUCAUCCAGAAGGAGUGGGUCAUGGCCGGAUAUCAGUUCCUGGACAGAUGCAACCACUUAAAGCGAUCGGAGAAAGAGUCUCCCUUAUUUUUGCUGUUCUUGGAUGCCACGUGGCAGCUGUUAGAACAAUACCCAGCGGCCUUCGAGUUCUCAGAGACCUACUUGGCUAUACUGUACGACAGCACCCACAUCUCCCUGUUUGGCACCUUCCUGUUCAACUCUCCUCACCAGCGGGUGAAACAAAGCACGGAAUUUGCUAUAAGCAAAAAUAUCCAGCUGGGUGACGAAAAGGGUUUAAAAUUCCCCUCAGUUUGGGACUGGUCUCUUCAGUUUACAGCAAAGGAUCGUACCCUAUUCCAUAACCCCUUGUACAUCGGAAAGAGCACACCCUGUGUACAGAACGGUUCUGUGAAGGCUUUCAAACGGACAAAGAAAGGCUACAGCUCCACACUGAGGGGAAUGCCAGCUUCCUUGAAGAACGGGAUCGUCACCGACCAGGACCUGGUCCCGAGGCGAAACUCCCUGAUCCUGAAAGGAAAGCCGGAGCCGCUUCCGCAGCCCGGCGGCCAGGCCCGCAGCGCGGAGCAGUAUCUCCGAGAGUGGUUCUCCCGGCCGGUGGACCUGCACGGCGCCCUUCUGCCGCACGUCUCCGGGACGCACGUCAAACUCUGGAAGCUGUGCUACUUCCGCUGGGUCCCCGAAGCCCAGAUCAGCCUCGGGGGCUUCAUCACCGCCUUCCACAGGCUGUCCUUGCUGGCCGACGAGGUGGAUGUGCUCCGCAGGACGCUGCGGCAGCACCGGGCCGGCCCUCCGGAGGCCCGCUGCCCGGAGCCUGACCAGAGCCGGAUGUACUUCCGGGUGGGCGGCCCACAGGCGGCGGGGACGCCGGAGUUCCUGUCUUCAUCGUUCCCCUUCUCUCCCGUGGGCAACCUUUGCCGGCGGAGCAUUUCGGGAACGCCGCUGAGCAAGUUCUUGAGUGGGGCCAAAAUCUGGUUGUCUACCGAGACGCUAGCAAACGAAGACUAACACGCCCGUUUUCUGAACGUUUUGAGGGGAGCCAUAAACCGGCUUUCUCUGAAUCAGAAUUGCUAACCUAGGCAUCAGAGGCUCUAAAAAUUUUACGUGUCAGAAUAAUAGUUUAAAUUUGCACUAAUAUUUAAAAACAAGUCGAGUUAACACUUCCUCACAAUUCUUUUUUAAAAGACCUUUUCUGUUUUAUGUCCUCUUUCUGUCAUUUUCAGUCUGGCCCAGUUUCGGGUGAUCUGUAGGCAGACAUUCUCCUAUUUUUACUACUGUGAGCAAACAAAUCAGGUUUUGUCUGUGACGUUUAUUUUGUCUGCAUCCACUUUCUCCCACCAGCCACUAAAGGUUGCCUGAUCCUCAGCCUGGCACCCCAAAGAAACAGAGGUCAGGAAAGUUAAGAAAUUAACAUUUAGUCUAUUUUCAAGAGCAUCCGGUCAGCUCUAAUAGGUAUUAAUGUAUUUUUCUGGUCACUUUCUAUUCUAAUUGAACUCACCUGAGGGUUCAGUGUUCCAAGGCUAUUAUUUAUUUUAGAUCACCUUGUUUGGGACCGUAGAUCACUGUGUUUUAAAAUCAUGAGUUUGCUGUUAAAUUCCCAGGACUAACUUUAAAAUGAUAUGCACUGCUGACUUUAAAAGCAUUUGCUGUAGAUAAUAUAAACUUAGAAGUGCCUUUGACAUUGAGGUAUGCAUAACACAAAGUAAAACACAGUUUUCAGUUUUUAAAAUCAGGGUGUUAACCUACAUAUUGGAAAUGGGCUUGUCACUGCUGAGCUUCAUACCAAUAGCCAGGAGUCCCCCAAACCACAUUUCCUUCCCUCUGAAAGUCAGCGAGGACACAGCGGGCCUGUGGGGUGGUCGGUGUGGGUGUGACAGCGGCAAGAGCCGGUGCUGUCGGCCCCGAAGCCCACCCUCCAAAACAGAGGGCUGUUGAGAGGGAUUUGGGCGUUUGCUGCCUGUAUUUCCAGUCUGGUAAACUGUUGUUGGCACUUUACCUUGGAAAUAACUAAUGAGUCAGGUCACCUGCACAGAGGUCCCUCCUCCCGCCCACACAGUUCUUAGUGGUUAGGUUUAGCCAACAGGAGAAAUAAAGUGUACUACUCUCAAAAUACUGCCAUUUUAAUAUUGAGGGAAGACCCCCCCCUCCUCCCUGCACCCCCGACCUCUGACAGCGGAGAAGCACGCAAAGGUGUGUUCUGCGUCAGACUGUGGCGGGAACCCAGCCAAAGCUGUGGGGUCAGAGCUGAAGCUUGUUAGGGGGACUGGCGGUCAGCACCAUCCCCCUCCUCCCCACCCCCCCACUCCUCUGCCCACCCUGUUCCCUGUUUACAGGAUGGAUGUUUUCAAAUUGGGCUGUUAGUUUCUUAAACUGCCAUCUUAAGCUUUAGAAAAGUUUUAUAGUGAAGUGGCUAGCUUCUAAAACAAGUUUUUUCAAAGCGUGUUUUACCUUUAUGUGUAAUGAAUAGCUGUUUCAAAAUGUCUGAAUUAUUUUCCUUUUUAAAGUUGAUGUCUCUGGACCUAAAGGGACAGAAGUUCUUACACAGUGUCUUAGGAAAUUUGUCUUCUGGAUCAACCCAGUUUUUUCAGCUUGUUGCCUAGAAAAUAAGGGCUUUUUUCACCUUACAUAAAUAAAUAGCACUAUUGCCAUUAAACAUUUUAUACUACUUGAUUGGAAACCAGUCUCAAUCCCCUUAAAGUCCCACAGCAUAUCCUGCCAUUGAAAGUGUGAUAAUUCUCCCUUUUUGAUUAAACUGCCUUUUUAUUACAAAUAAUUCUAAAUUGGCGGGGGGGGGGGGGGGUCUGGGAGUGGUUGUUGAGCAUUUAUUUCUAAUUCUCUUCCCUCACACAUUUAUUUUGACUCCUUUAGUGAUUUUUUUUUUUUAAUUUACAAGUUUAAAAAAGAUUAGGUACUAUUAACAUACUGUCUUAAAAUAGAAAAUGUGCAUAUUUUUGUAUGAUAAUCAAAUGUAGUAAAAUAUGGUUUUUAGUUUUAUUUUUGCUGGAUGGUUGUUCUAUCAUGAUUAUUGUGCCACAACUUAUGCAUAAUAUGAAAAACAACUAUAACAGCUUUAAGUCCUGGCCAUUCUAAAGCUGCCUGGCACCUCUGCUAGCAAAAAGGAUGUGGUGGUGACCGAAGUCCUCCGUGUGGUUACGGACGCUGCACCAAAGAGCGCUUCACACUCUCCAGCCCCACAGCCCCGCGAGCGAAGUCUGUGCUGAUGGAGCACCGCACGGGCUCCAGACAGCUUGGGACUUUCUAGUACUGAACUUAAAGAUGUACAAUGUCUUACUGUUAUUUUAUGAUGGAAACCAGUUUUAAAACCAAAAAUGUCUUAACUUUAUUUAAGAAAAGUAUAUUAAUGUGUGCUAACAGAGGGUGAAAACUAGUCAACAUACCUUCAACAAAAUCUGCUUGCUAUAGCAGUAACCUCAAGUAGAACUUGAUUUUGAGAGAAAACUAAAACCUUUGUGCCUAAAAUUACGACCUGAGUUAAAGUAGGAUGAGCAGGAAGAUGAGAGCUCUUGUUCAACAGUGAUGAAUGUGAAGGAAAUUUUGACUGCUAAAUAAAAUUUCCACAGAAAUUG